AAAUGGUUCACUCGUAGGAUUUCCAUUGUUUUCUCAGCCGAGACAGAAUAAAAGCCAUUAUUCAUAUCGUGAUUGUAUUCUGUGUGGUUGUUCUUUUCUUGGAUCAGUGUCCCAAUGAGUUCUCUUCUGUGCUUGCUUGUGGCUAUUCUUCCUCUUCUUUACAAUAUUGCUGCUGCUUGUUCUAAUGGAACGUGCAAGCUUCUUGAUGAGUGUUCCUCAGAUGGAGAUUGUGGCGCUGGUCUCUACUGUUUUUCUUGUCCAUUGGGGUUUUCAGGCUCUAGGUGUGUUAGAUCAACUGCCACAAAUCAAUUCAAGCUCAUAAAUAAUUCUCUGCCAUUCAACAAAUAUGCAUUUUUGACAACGCACAACGCUUAUGCGAUUGAUGGGGAGCCAUCUCACACAGGCGUGCCUCGAAUAACUAUCACCAACCAGGAAGACACAGUCACCCAACAGCUAAAUAAUGGAGUGCGGGCACUAAUGCUAGAUACGUAUGAUUUUGACGGAGAUGUGUGGUUAUGCCAUUCAUUUGAAGGCCAAUGUCAUGACAUCACAGCUUUUGAACCCGCCAUAGACACACUGAAGGAAAUUGAAGCUUUUCUAUCAGCAAAUCCAAGUGAAAUUGUGACAGUUAUUUUGGAAGAUUAUGUUCAUGCCCCAAAUGGUUUGACAAAGGUCUUCACUGAAGCUGGUCUGAUGAAGUAUUGGUUUCCACUGGCAAGCAUGCCAAGAAAUGGUCAAGAUUGGCCUCUUGUGAGUGAUAUGGUUGCCAAAAACCAAAGAUUACUAGUCUUCACUUCUAUCAAGUCUAAGGAACAAAGUGAAGGCAUUGCUUAUCAGUGGAAUUUCAUGGUUGAAAAUCAGUAUGGAGAUGGUGGUAGGAAAGCUGGAAGCUGUCCAAACAGGGCAGAAUCAUCUCCUCUUAACGAUAAAAGCAAAUCGUUGGUGUUGGUAAACUACUUUCGAUCCGCUCCAAUUAAACCAAUCACAUGUGAAGAUAACUCAGGAGAACUAAUUAACAUGAUACACACUUGUUAUGGUGCUGCUGGUAACCGGUGGGCUAAUUUUGUUGCUGUUGAUUAUUACAAGAGGAGUGAGGGAGGAGGAUCGUUUCAGGCUGUAGACACACUCAAUGGAAAGCUGUUGUGUGGAUGUGAUGAUGUUCAUACCUGUGUGCCUGGAUCAACAUCACAAGCUUGCUCAUCAUCAUAGGAAAUCCGUAGGAACCAUCUGCAAAUAAUUCAGGCAAUAUAUUGUUGUCAACUUUUCAGUCAUUAAAUAUUGCUUGUGAUGAACUCAUUGGCAAAGAUAGCAUAUCAAAGGCAGAAUCGAGAACAUCCAUUAUUAAUAAAAGCACUGGGUGGUAAA